AUGAUUAAUGCCUUAAGAGUUGAGAGAAAGAUGUGGUUGACAACAGUCCAUAAUACACAUAAUCACGAUCUCAACCCAAUGAAAUCCCGCUUCUUUCGAUGUAAUAGAGAAGUGAGUGACUCUGUUAAAAGAGUCCUAGACACAAACGAUUUAGCUGGAAUCCAACUGAAUAAGAGUUACGAAUCUCUUGUCGUUGGAGUAGAUGGCUUUGAGAACCUUCCAUUUUUGGAAAAGGAUUGUUGCAAUUACAUCGACAAAGCACGACAUCUACGACUUGGCGCAGGUGGUGCUGGAUCACUUCAAGAUUAUUUUAUGAGGAUGCAGUACAAGAAUAACGGAUUUUUUGCAUUGAUGGAUUUAGACGAUGAAGGAAGGUUAAAAAAUAUUUUUUGGGCAGAUCCACGUAGUCGGGCAGUCUACCAGUAUUUUGGUGACAUAGUUACAUUCGACACCACAUACCUGACGAAUAGGUAUGGGAUGUCAUUUGCACCAUUUGUUGGUGUAAACCAUCACGGACAGUCGAUUCUUUUGAGAGCUGGGUUAAUUUCCAGUGAGGACACGGAGACCUUUACAUGGUUAUUUCAAACCUGGUUACAGUGUAUGGACGGUAUAGCUCCAAUGGCUAUUAUUACUGAUCAAGACAGAGCAACGAAAAAUACAAUUGCUACUGUCUUUCCAGAAACUCGACAUAGAUUAUGCCUAUGGCAUAUACUGAAGAAAGUCUCUGAGAAGCUUGGGUCAUAUGCUGCAUACAGAAGUGGGCUGAAAACUCGACUAAUGAAAUGUGUGUACGACACACAAACUAUUGAGGAGUUUGAAAAAUGUUGGGCCAAGUUUAUUAACACAUACGACUUACAUGAGAAUCCAUGGUUGAAAAGUUUAUAUGCGGCGUGUGAGCAUUGGGUACCGGUUUUCCUUAAAGAGCACUUUUGGGCUGGAAUGAGUACAACCCAACGCAGCGAGAGUAUGAAUGCUUUUUUUGACGGUUAUGUUCAUUUAAAAACAAACUUGAAGGAGUUUGUCGACCAGUUUGACAAUGCGCUGAAUAAGAAAAUUGAGAAUGAAAAUCAUGCGGAAUUCCAAUCAUUUAGCCAGGUCAUUCCCUGUGUAUCGAGAUCUCCAAUUGAAAAGAAAUUUCAAGAGUUGUAUACUAACGCUAAAUUUAGAGAAGUACAGCAGCAAGUAAUAGGUGUGCUUGAUUUGAAUCCAUAUCUACUUACAUCGAAUGGUGUAAUGAAGAGUUAUUUGGUAAAAGAUGAAGUUCGUAUUGAGGAGUUCAGUAAAAUGGUUACAUAUUCAGUGGACUUUCAUGAAGAAGACUGCAAUGCUAAGUGUUCAUACCGAUGGAGAAAGGACAUCAAGAGGCGAUACACGUUAAUCUGCAGUAACUAUGACGCAGGGGAUCAGAGGCCUAAUGGUAAUAGAUAUUCAAUUUUGUUGAAUAUGUGUUAUGGGAUGAUUACAUAUGCGACGGAAUCUAAUGAGCAAUUCGAAGAUGCAAAGAACAGGAUAAAUGAGAUGACUGAAUGUUAUCUCGAGCAAACACGCAACAGAUCUUUGACCCACACAGAUUCGAAUGCUGGUUAUAUGACACUGGACACAACUGCAGUUGCUGGUUCACAACAAGUCAAGAGUCCACUUGUUGUCAAAGGGAAAGGAAGACCCCUAUCUCUGAGGAGAGCAUCUAGGAUGGAGACAAACAUACGAAAAGUUAAAGCCAAAUAG